GAAGUAGAACAAAGGAGGAACCAAUAAAGCAGAGAGAGAGAGCUGCAUAAGCAAGAGAAAAGCAUCGUCAACCUCAACCACUUGGUCACAGCUUUUAGAGAGAGAAAAGCAACCCAGCUUUUUAGAGAGAGAAAGAAAGGAAACCCAGCUUUUAAUUUUUUAAUUUUUAAAUUUGUGUGUUUGGAGUGAGAGAAAGAAAACUCGUCUGCCCCUAGAAAAUUGCAUUGAGAUAAGGACUUGUGCUAGUACUGGUAGUAAAUACUCUCUCUCUUCUUUGCACAGAUAUACAAAAUGACCUCUUCAUCCUUCUCUUCCUCACUCCUCUCUGCAUUUUCACAGAGGCGCUCUUUAAUUUUUCACAAGCUGUUCGACCUUUAAGGCCCCCCUUCUCUGACUCUGACCUCUCUCUCUGCUACGACUUCUCCAAUAACCCAAUUCUCUUUUCUUGAUUUUAGAGAGCCCCUCUCUCUCUCAGUGCAGUGAAACCGUUCGACGUUUACUCCCCUCACUGCAAAAAAUGUCGAUUUGAUGAAUCUCUCUUCAUAUUUCACCCCAUAGACGAGAGGGUCUGAGAAAAACUGUUCGACCUUUAACUCUGCUCACGUAUACGUCACUCGGGUCUGUCAUUUCUUUUCCUUUUUCUGCUUUUUGGGUACCCUUUAGUGAUAUGUCGUCUGCAUUUUCAAAUUCUGUGGUGUUGUACAAGACUUGGUUUUGAGUUUAUUAAUGGCAUUGACUUAGUCAGUCCUCUGGGUUCAUUUUAAAUUUUGUUUAAUUUUCAUUCCUUUUGAGGCAAAAAGUGGAACUUGUUAAAGGGUUUGAAGGGUUGAGCUGGUUUUUUGUGUGUAUGAGUGCGAAAGUUUCCUUAGAAGAGGCUUGGUGUUAAAGGAUUUAUAAUGGGUUGGUGACAGUGGACCUGUUUCAGUCUCUUCCGUUCGUUAUCUUCAACUUCAAGCCUUUUUGUAAUUUCUUAUUUGGUUUGAGUUUACCACUGUAUCAAACAGUAGAACAGAGAGGAGCAAUUCCAAGUUUCUUUCAAAAGAUUUGUAAGUGUUCAAAAGUAAAUGCAUGGAUCGAAGAGAUCCUAUGGCGUUAUCUGGGUCUGCAUCUUACUAUACUCAGAGAGGAAUAGCUGUCCCUGGUUCUGGAGGACAGCCUGAGCUUCAUGGAUCACCAGGCAUUCAUCAAUUGUCGAAUCCAAACGUGUCGUAUCAGUCCAAUAUGGGAGGCAGUACUAUGGGAUCAACACUACCAGCAGAACCUCCUUCGGCUAUGUCCUCCCAUGGUGUCAAUGUGGGUGGUGGACAAGCUAUGAUGUCAUCAAAUGAGCAAAUUAAAAGGAAAAGAGGAAGGCCUCGGAAAUACGGACCUGAUGGAUCUGUAUCCUUGCAACUGUCUCCUUCUCCCGCUACCAAUCCUGGAUUGGCAUCACCAACCCAGAAGCGCAGCAGGGGACGUCCAAAAGGGACUGGGAAGAAGCAACAAUUAGCUUCUCUUGGUGAAUGGCUGUCUGGUUCUGCUGGGAUGGGUUUUACUCCACAUGUUAUCACUAUUGCAAUUGGAGAAGACAUUGCAACAAAAAUAAUGUCAUUUUCGCAGCAGGGGCCAAGAGCUCUGUGCAUUUUGUCAGCCAAUGGUGCUGUUUCUACUGUGGCUCUUCGUCAACCUUCAACAUCUGGUGGCACAGUCACAUAUGAGGGACGAUUCGAGAUAGUUUGUCUUACAGGCUCUUACUUGGUCACUGAUAGCGGUGGCUCGCGAAACCGAAGUGGAGGCCUUAGCGUCACUCUUGCUAAUGCCGAUGGUCGUGUCAUUGGUGGUGGUGUUGGGGGAGCACUCAUUGCUGCAAGCCCUGUCCAGGUGAUAGUGGGGAGCUUCUUAUGGGGUGGUUCAAAGACAAAGAACAACAAAAGGCAGGAAGCAAUAGAGGGUCCGACAGAUUCGGUGGAUAACCCACUAGGCAUGCAAAAUCAAAACCAAAAUCUUACACCAACAUCGUCCGUGGGUGUGUGGCCAGCAUCUCGGUCAUUGGACAUGCGCAAUGCCCACAUGGACAUCGAUUUGAUGCGUGGGUAACAGUUGUUUGCUAUUAUUAAUAAUAAUAUUAUUAUUUUUGAAUUCAACAACAACAUCAACAAGAGCCAUGUAUAUAUAAUUUUUCAGUUUUCUUGACUAGCUGAAUCUAUUUUUCUUGGAGAUAAAAACUGAUGACAAAUGACAGAAAGCCAGCUGAUUCAAGAUUUCUAACUUCAUUUUGCCCAUUAUGAAUGGACAGCGGGGGAGGUCAUGUACUCAUAUUUUUCUAGCUUUUUUAAUGGAUGGAGUUUUCAUUUUGAUCUA